CCAUUUUAACUUCCUGCUUCGAAAGAACAACAGCGAUAGACACGGUGUUCUUAGUCCAAAGAAAAAAAACAAAAAAAGAAAAGAAAAGAGAAAAACGCCGUACCAUUUAACUUACUAUAGGGGGUUAUCGGUGUGUUUUUUUUUCCUUCACAGGAACCAGAGCAACCACCACUUUUUAGGUUUCUGGCAGCUGGUGUUAGUUAGUCUCAGCCGGGAGAGUCGCAAUGCCGAGCCAGCCGCUGCGUGUAGCGGUUGUUUGCUCGAGCAACCAGAACCGCAGUAUGGAAGCGCACAAUAUCCUCAGCAAACGUGGAUUUGACGUGCGAUCAUUUGGGACCGGGUCUCAUGUGAAGCUACCUGGUCCAUCUCCGGAUAAACCUAAUGUGUAUGACUUCAAAACAACUUAUGAACAGAUGUACAACGACUUGGUCCGAAAGGACAAGGAGCUAUACACGCAGAACGGCAUCUUGCACAUGCUGGACCGCAACAAGCGCAUCAAAGCGAAGCCCGAGCGUUUUCAACUGUGCAAGGAUAAGUUUGACCUGGUCAUCACCUGCGAAGAGAGGGUCUAUGACCAAGUGCUGGAGGAUUUGAGCUCCAGAGAGCAGGAGACAUUGCAACCAGUGCAUGUAAUCAAUGUAGAUAUUCAGGAUAACCACGAGGAGGCCACGCUGGGGGCUUUCCUCAUCUGUGAGCUGUGUCAGUGUAUCCAGCACACGGACGACAUGGAGAACGAAAUCGACGAGCUCCUGCAAGAGUUUGAGGACAAGAGCAACCGGCCUUUUCUCCACACCGUCUGCUUCUACUGAUACAUGACACACGUUUGCAAUAAACACACGCCCAGGCCCACCCCCCCAGCAAUCAAAACAAUAGAACGCAGACAGGCAGGCUGUACGUCCCACAGACUCACAUGCAGAGUUUAUGCUCAGGAGCUCGUCGCUCUGGGUCAGGACCUAAAGACUGAGACCUGCUGGAAGCAAUGGUUUAGGAUGGACUCGCUGCUCUCAUUAUUAUGCCUUUAUUCCUCUAGAUCAGGGCUAGGCCGCAGUCCUCCCCUGACCCCAGUCCAAUGAAAUCACUCGACCACAUCUCCUCAGGGAGAGCCAUGCCACAACGCUCCCCUACAGCCCCCCUCUCUAGUGUUUUAAUUUUGAGUGCGGCACAUUUGUGCUCAGUUUAAUUUUUAAUUUCAUUUUUGCUUAAUGGUUGUUUUUUUUCCCUAUUUGGGUCGUUAUGAGACGCUGUACGUGUGUUUUACACGGAGGAGGAACCUUGAGUUGUGUGUAUGUAUAUAUAUUAUUUGUGCGGCCGUGUUUUGUAGAUACGUCUGAUUUAAGUUAAAGAGGGUGGGCUUAGUGAUGAACAACCAAACGAGAGACAUCUCAGAGGUGCUCCUCCUGUGUGUUUCAGAUAUAAUGUACUGAUUUAUAUUUAAACUCUGAAAUGCUGUCUUUCAGGGCAUAGUAUUUUUUCGUAAAUGUUUAAGAAUUGAAGCGUUGUAAUUAUUUUCAAACUGCAAGUUCAUCUCUUGAGUGCCUCGUUUUUUCUGUAUGUAUAUAUGAAUCUACUAAAGGAGACGGAUAUCUAAGACCUUU